GCCCUCCCUCUCCCGCGCGCGCGCGCGCGCGCGUACGUCUUCCCUUCCCAGAACCCCGUUCCCAGCCGCUCCCUCCCUCGGCCUAUUUGCAGAUCCCCUGUCACCACGCCCUCCGGUUUCGACGGUUUGAGCUGCUGCUAUUAACGGCAAGGGCCGUUCCGCCCCGGCGCCACCCGCCUCUCUCCGAGCCCCCGCCGCCCGCCGGGGUGGGCUUGCCGUGGACGACGGCCGGCAGGCGUCCAACGCGGGGAAAUCUGAAUCUUCUGUUGGAUCCAUCCCAUCGUCAGGAGGAGGAACACAGGCUUCUUGUUCCUGCGCAAGAGUCCAGGAAUCCGGACAUCCUGACGGAUUUGCUCGAACCAAUGGGAUGCUGCGGCAGCAACCCUGUAGAUGAGGAGGAACACCUAGAUUACAGCUCUGGGAAUGUGACUCUUAUAACCGAUCUAAAGAGUUGGGAGAAGAAAGUGGAAGAUGCAGCUGACGCCAAUAAAACACUUGUUGUAAAAUUCAGCGCAGUAUGGUGUGGCCCGUGUAGGAUCGCUGCUCCUACGUACGCCGAACUUUCUUUGAAGCAUUCCGAUCUUGUUUUCGUGUCUGUGGACGUGGACGAACUACCGGAACUGGUCACGCAAUUCGACGUACGUGCCACGCCGACAUUCAUCUUCUUGAGAGAUAAGGAGGAGAUCGACAAGCUGGUGGGGGGGAACCAGGCCGAUCUUCAGCAGAAGUUCGAACCAUACUGCCGGCCAGGUGACGACGUCAUGAGUAAACAGUCUUUCGAGGACAAAACCUGA